GGCAGCGGCCGGCCGCGCGGGAAAACCCCGAACGCACCUGCCAUCUCCCGCCGAGCGCCCGCUAAAAUGCCGACGCCGCCGCCGCCGCCGCUGCCGCGGCGCGACUUCCCGGCGUUCCCGUUCGCGCCGUACCCGAUCCAGGCAGAGUUCAUGUCCUUCCUCUACGCUGCCCUCUCCUCCGGCCCCGGCGCCCUUGCCCUCCUCGAGAGCCCCACCGGCACCGGCAAGACGCUCAGCAUCAUCUGCAGCGCGCUUCAGUGGCUCCUCGACCACCGCGACGCCGUGGCGGCGACGCGGAGCCACCCCGGCCGGGCCGAUGGACUCGCUGCCGGAGCCGGAGAAGACGACGACGAGCCCGACUGGAUGCGAGAUUUCACUCCGCCGUCGCUGCCGCCGGAGAAAGAGAGCAGGAAGAAGAAGAAGCCUCCUGCUGUGGGGAAAACUGUGGGUUCAGGGAAAUCCGACGGGUUUGGGGAGGAAUGCGGCGAUGACGAGGGGGAGUUCUUGUUGGAUGAGUACGAAAGUGACGGCGGGGACGGCGCGAGCCUGGGGGCGGGGAAGCGGGCACAUUGCGGUAGCAGCAGUAGUAGUGAAGGCGAGGAAGAGGAGGAGGUGACGCCCAAGGUUUACUUCACGAGCCGCACGCACUCGCAGCUCUCGCAGUUCGUCGGAGAGCUCAAGAGGACGGAGUUCGCGGGGCGUCUCAGGACGGUGUGCUUGGGGUCCAGGAAGAACUUGUGCAUCAACAAGGAUGUUCUGAAGCUGGGCAGUGCGAACAGGAUUAAUGAGAGAUGCUUGGAACUGCAGAAGAACAAGAAGACUAGCAAAUUUAAGGUUGAGGGUGAUAAAAGAAAGGUGCGCCAAGCAAAGACCUCUUGUGGGUGCCCAAUGUUAAGGAAUAGAAGUCUACAGGAAGAGUUCAGGAACGAAGUGUCAAACCAAGGUGCAUUAGAUAUCGAGGAUUUGGCACACAUAGGAAAGAAAAUUGGAACGUGUCCGUACUAUGGUGCACGAGAUAUGGUCCAGUCAGCUGACCUUGUAGUCCUUCCUUAUCAAUCUUUAUUACUGAAGUCUGCUAGAGAAUCACUUGGCGUUAAUCUGAAGAAGAGUGUUAUCAUCAUAGACGAGGCUCACAACUUAGCAGAUACACUGACUAGCAUGUACAACUCGAGGAUCACAUAUUCUCAGUUGAAGGCAGUUCUUUCCCACCUGGAGGCAUAUCUUAAUAGAUUUCAGAAUGUUUUGGGAGCUGGGAAUCGAAGAUACAUCCAGACCUUGACAGUUUUAACACGGUCUUUCCUACGAGUUUUGACCAACAAUCAAGAUGGUGCCUGCACUAUGACUUCAAUGACUAUAAACCAAUUCUUGUUUUCCCUUGACAUUGAUAACAUAAACAUCGUAAAACUUUGUCAGUAUGUGAAAGAAAGCAAUAUAAUCCACAAGGUUAGUGGAUAUGCCAACAAAUUAAUGAGCACUGAGGAUGGUGUAAAUCAGUUUGACCUCCAGCAUGGACAUGAUGAAGGAAGCAGUAUAGCAUGCUUUCAGGCAUUGGCAGACUUUCUACACUCCCUACUGAACUGCAAUGACGAUGGAAGAAUCAUAGUUGCAAAACAAAAGCUCAGUGGACAACCUGAAGAAGCAUAUCUUAAAUUUGUGAUGCUUUGUGCAGAAAAAAUAUUUUCAGAGGUUAUACGUGAUGCAUAUGCUGUUAUUUUGGCUGGUGGAACCCUCCAACCUAUCGAAGAAACUAGGCUACGCUUGUAUCCAAGCUUACCACCAAGCGAUAUAAAAUUCUUCACAUGCAGCCAUAUUGUUUCUCCUAAGAGUAUUCUUCCAAUAUCAGUUACACGCGGACCCUCAGGCAUGCCAUUUGAUUUCAGCUACAAUUCAAGGAGCUCUCCUACCAUGAUUGAAGAGCUUGGACGCUUCCUUUGCAAUAUAGUGAAAAUUGUGCCUGAGGGAGUUGUUAUGUUUUUCGCUUCUUACGAGUAUGAAAAGCGCGUGUAUGAUGCAUGGACGGCUGCAGGCACGAUUUCCAAGAUUUCCAAAAAGAAACAUGUUUUCAGAGAGCCACGGAACAGUGCUGAUGUAGAGGCUGUCCUCAACAAAUACAAGGUGGCAAUUCAGUCCUGUAGUAAAAAUUCACAAGACACGGGCAUCAAUGGGGCGCUUCUAUUAGCCGUUGUUGGUGGGAAGAUUUCUGAAGGCAUAAACUUCAGCGAUGGGAUGGGUCGCUGUGUUGUAAUGGUUGGAUUGCCUUAUCCAAGUCCAUCUGAUGUUGAACUGAUAGAGACGAUAAAGCAUAUAGAAAGUAUUUCUAGCUCAUUGUUAGUUGGGGGUGAUAAGGCUUCAGGCAGCAAAUAUGAUGAUGAAUGUGAACUUCAGCCUGGUUGUGAUAUAUUAAGAAAAUGCAAUAAAGGUGGAAGAGAGUACUAUGAAAACUUGUGCAUGAAAGCUGUCAAUCAGUCUAUUGGCAGAGCAAUCAGACAUAUAAAUGAUUAUGCUGCCAUGCUGUUGGUUGACUCGCGUUACGCACACAGUUCAUGGAGCAGGAAUUUUUCCUGCCCAACUGACAAGCUUCCUCAAUGGAUAAAAGCACAACUUACUUGUGCUCAAAACUAUGGAGAAGUGCAUAGACGGUUACAUCAAUUCUUCAAAUACAAUAAACAAAUCUGUUGAAAUGCUGCAGAACACUUGCUGAAGGCAUUGCUACAGUUUAUGGAAUCAAACACGUGCAGGAGGAUUUCGCUUCACUAGUUUCCCUUUGAGAAAAGCCUGCCUGGAGCUGGUGAGUCCAGAGGUCGACGGUGAACUUGACACUUCAUAGCAUCCUUGGUACAUAUAUAUUAUGUACAAAUGGUAGAAGCAAAGUUCAGAACUUUUUUUGGCCCAAUUUAUUUGUAAGAUACAAAGUUAUUAUCCACUUCACUCCAGCUUAGUAUCAACUAGUAUUGUAGUCACAAAACCAAUGCCACUCUUCUUUUCUAUUUUCAA